UCAACAACUUCCCUUCCCUCCCAAAUUUCUCCGAGCAUUUACUGAUCCCCAUGCCCUCACUGUCGAUAAAGUAUCAGCUAACAAUCCUCUCUUGAUCUCUCUACCGCCGCUACGCGUAUGCCAUUGCCGUUCUCUCUCUCUAGGCCUCAGUGUUGUCGUCACCCAUUAACCAUGGCGUCCGGGUCAACCUCUCUCAUAUGGUUUCGGAAGGGCCUUCGGAUCCACGAUAACCCGGCUCUGGAGUAUGCUUCCAAAGGGUCCAAAUUUGUUUACCCAGUCUUUGUAAUUGACCCGCAUUACAUGGAGCCUGAUCCGAAAGCUUUCACUCCUGGAUCGACCCGUGCGGGCCUAAACCGUAUCAGAUUCUUGCUAGAGAGUCUAGUGGAUCUCGAUUUGAGCCUCAAGAAGCUUGGCUCCAGGUUGCUGGUUCUCAAGGGAGAGCCUAGCCAGGUUUUGAUUCGGUGCUUGAAGGAAUGGGAUGUGAAAAAACUUUGCUUCGAAUUUGAUACAGAUCCAUAUUACCAAGAUUUAGAUGUUAAAGUGAAGGAUUAUGCUUCUUCGGCUGGAAUUGAAGUGUUCUCUCCAGUGAGUCAUACCCUUUUCAAUCCUGAGGAUAUCAUACAGAAGAAUGGAGGAAAGCCGCCUCUAAGUUACCAAUCAUUUCUAAAGGUUGCUGGACAACCCUCAUGGGCGUCAUCACCACUUUCAACCACAAUUCUCUCACUUCCUUGUGUUGGGCAUAUUGGAAGCUGUGAGAUAUCAGAAGUUCCAACAGUAGAAGAGCUUGGCUAUAAAGACAUUGAGCAAGUUGAAUGGACUCCUUUUAGAGGUGGUGAAUCAGAAGCAUUGAAAAGGUUAAGAGAAUCAAUCAAUAACAAGGAGUGGGUGGCAAAUUUUGAGAAACCUAAGGGUGACCCAUCUGCAUUUGUGAAACCAGCAACUACUGUGCUAUCUCCAUACUUAAAAUUUGGCUGUCUCUCUUCCAGAUACUUCUACCAAUGUCUUCAAGAUGUCUAUAGAAAUGUCCGAAAGCACACUUCACCACCAGUUUCUCUUGUUGGCCAGGUCAGUUUUAAUUUCAGUAUUACAGAUGAUCAUGCUGCAGAUACCAUUAAACUAUUGUUUGGCUUCAAAAAUUGGCAGCUGUUGUGGCGAGAUUUCUUCUACACAGUGGCUUUUGGCACUCCUAACUUUGAUCACAUGAGGGGAAAUAGAAUAUGCAAGCAGAUACCUUGGAGUGAUGAUAACGAAUUGCUAGCAGCUUGGAGGGAAGCUAGAACUGGAUAUCCUUGGAUUGAUGCUAUCAUGGUUCAGCUUAGCAAGUGGGGUUGGAUGCACCAUUUAGCAAGGCAUUGUGUUGCCUGUUUUCUAACUCGUGGCGAUCUGUUUGUGCAUUGGGAAAAAGGGCGUGAUGUCUUUGAGAGACUUCUAAUUGAUUCAGAUUGGGCAAUUAACAAUGGGAACUGGCUAUGGCUGUCAUGUUCAUCAUUCUUUUAUCAGUAUAACCGUAUCUACUCUCCGAUAUCUUUUGGGAAGAAAUAUGACCCAAAUGGUAAUUACAUAAGGCAUUUUCUCCCAGUAUUGAAAGACAUGCCAAAGGAGUACAUCUACGAGCCAUGGACAGCUCCAAUAAAUGUUCAAACUAAAGCAAAGUGCAUAAUAGGAAGAGAUUAUCCAAAACCAGUGAUUUCUCAUGAUUCUGCAAGCAAGGACUGUAAGAGAAAGUUGGCAGAGGCUUAUGCAUUAAACCAACAAUUGAAUGGCCAGCUGAGCGAAGCAGAUUUAGUGAAUUUAAAAAGAAAGCUGGAGCAAGAUCAAGAUCAAGAGCCCAAAAGUAGACCUCGAAGACAACGAAAGUUAAUGACAUGAGCUAAGAUAUGUUGCAGAUUAUCAAUUUAUUUUUUUGGAUUGCUGAAAUGGUUGGCAAGGGGUCUAGUAGUUGAAGGAGGAAUCAAUUCCGUAAUAGGCAACUCACCGACUUUCUCACUUCGUCUUUGAUUAUACUAAUCAUAUUUUGUCUGGAAGUUUUAUAGUAUGGCAAUUUAGGAAGUCAUUGGCUAAUUAGCUUAACUUAGUAGUUCGUUAAACAGAAAAGUUUGAAUCAUCUCUUCAAAUUACUGGUAUAGUUGAUGCCUGUCUUUUAUGUGAAGAAUUGCUGCACUUAACAUU